AUGCUCAUGGAAGCAAAUUUAUUGAGGGACAGUUGCGAUUGUGGAAGAGAAAGUAUUGAAAGAGCCCCUUUCAUUUACCGAAUUGUGUCCACCACUUUCGUGCAGCCCCUCCAUAGAUAUCCAUGGAUAGUGCAAAUCCGUAUUGCUGGUGAGCAGUGGGGUGCUGGUGUAAUAAUUACUCCAAGUUAUGUACUGACUGCUGGUCAUGUGGGUAAAAACAUAUUGGUAGCGGCUUCGUAUUCCGAAGAUAAUGAAGUCUCUCUUAAAGAUGCGAGCGUGGCUGUGGCAACACAAUCCAAGAAUUCCGAAUUCGUGACAUUUCGGAUCCACCAAGUGAAGUUCCAUCCGAAAUUCGGAACAUACGGCGAAUAUCCCAUCUAUGACAUAGCUCUAUUGAAGCUGAAGGACACCAUCAUUUUUUCGAAGCGCAUCAGGCCGAUAUGUCUGACAGAUAACAAAAAUUUGGAGAAACCUGGAUUGAAUGCCACCGUAAUCGGAUGGGGUAAAAUGGAACAAGCUUCCAAGGGCCAAGAUGCUUCUCGAACAAUCAAGCAUAACUCGUCUACUAUUGGUCCUAUCGCCGAAAUUCCAGAAGAUUCUAGUAUCCAUUUUAUCGCCAAAGUCGCCAAGCUUGUCGCCAAACCCAGAGAUUAUUGA